AAAAUGGCUCCUACUGUUAAGUCUAAGAAGAACGCUGAGUCUAUUAACUCUCGUCUCCAACUUGUCAUGAAGUCUGGCAAGUACACUCUUGGUUACAAGACUACUUUGAAGACCAUCCGUCAAGGAAAGGCCAAGUUGGUCAUCAUUGCUGGUAACUGCCCUCCUCUUCGCAAGUCUGAGAUCGAAUACUAUGCCAUGUUGUCCAAGACUGGUGUCCACCACUACAACGGUAACAACAUCGAUCUUGGUACUGCUUGUGGUAAGCUCUUCCGUACCAGUGUCCUCUCCAUCACUGAUGCUGGUGACUCUGACAUCUUGAGCGCUCAAUAAGUUUUUUUUUUUGUUGUUCUCAAUAAAUGAAAACUAAAUCAUAAAUACAACCUUCAACAAA